GGGAGAGACAGCGAGAGCGAGAGAGCGAGAAGGGUGGCAGAGGAGGCGCGGAGCGGGCGGCGGCAGCGGCCUGAGGAAGAGGAGGAGGAAGAGCAGGCGGAGACGCGGCGCCCGGAGCCGGCCGGACCCAGCCGGGGGCGGGCGAGGAGGGGCGCGGCGGCCGCGGCAGAAGGGGGGGCGCUCUGCGGAUGGCCAGGCCCGGCCCGCUGGGGGGGUGAGGUCUUCGGCCCUCCCGCCCUCCCCCCCGGCCCCCGCCCGCCCCCUCCCCGGGCCCGCUCGCCCUCCGGGGCGGUGGGGCAUGGCCUGAGGGUCCCCCGUCUCCGGGGGGGUGGGGGGUGGGGGGAGGGGGGAGGGGCCGCGGGCGCCGCCGACCGGGACUCAGCAGCCCCGCCAGGCAGCUGCCUGUGAUGCUGCCGUCCCCCGUCGCCCCGUGGCCCCACAAUGACCCACAGCCCCGCGACAAGCGAGGAAGAGGAACGCCACAGUGCCAGCGAGUGUCGCGAAGGGGGCUCAGAAUCCGACAGCUCCCCAGACGGGCCAGGGCAAGGCCUCCGGGGGACCCGGGGCCAGGGCAGCGGGACACCUGGUAACCUGGCCUCAGUCAGAGGCCUCCAGGGCCGCUCCAUGUCUGUCCCCGACGACGCCCACUUCAGCAUGAUGGUCUUCAGGAUUGGCAUCCCGGACCUGCACCAGACAAAAUGCCUGCGCUUCAACCCAGAUGCCACCAUCUGGACAGCCAAGCAGCAGGUGCUCUGUGCCCUGAGCGAGAGCCUGCAGGAUGUGCUCAACUAUGGCCUGUUCCAGCCGGCCACCUCAGGCCGUGAUGCCAACUUCCUGGAGGAGGAGCGGCUGCUGCGGGAGUACCCCCAGUCCUUUGAGAAGGGGGUGCCAUACCUAGAGUUCCGAUACAAGACCCGAGUUUACAAACAGACCAACCUGGAUGAGAAGCAGCUGGCCAAGUUGCACACCAAGACGGGGUUGAAGAAAUUCCUGGAGUACGUGCAGCUCGGGACAUCUGACAAGGUGGCACGGUUGCUAGACAAGGGGCUGGACCCCAAUUACCAUGACUCGGAUUCUGGAGAGACCCCCUUGACCCUGGCGGCCCAGACAGAAGGCUCCGUAGAGGUGAUUCGAACCUUGUGCCUGGGUGGGGCCCACAUUGACUUCCGGGCCCGGGAUGGCAUGACAGCACUGCAUAAGGCCGCCUGUGCCCGGCACUGCCUUGCUCUCACGGCCCUCCUGGAUCUUGGAGGCUCCCCCAACUACAAAGACCGCCGGGGCCUGACUCCUCUGUUCCACACGGCUAUGGUGGGGGGUGACCCCCGAUGCUGUGAGCUGCUUCUGUACAAUAGAGCCCAGCUGGGCAUAGCUGAUGAGAACGGCUGGCAGGAGAUCCACCAGGCCUGCCAGCGGGGUCACUCUCAGCAUCUGGAACACCUGCUCUUCUACGGAGCUGAGCCCGGUGCCCAGAACGCCUCGGGGAACACGGCCCUCCACAUCUGCGCCCUUUACAACAAGGAAACCUGUGCCAGGAUUCUCCUCUAUCGAGGGGCCAACAAGGAUGUGAAGAACAAUAAUGGACAGACCCCCUUCCAGGUGGCAGUGAUUGCUGGGAACUUUGAGCUGGGGGAGCUGAUCCGAAACCACCGAGAACAGGAUGUGGUGCCCUUCCAGGAGUCCCCCAAGUACGCAGCCCGGCGACGAGGACCCCCAGGUGCAGGGCUGACGGUGCCCCCGGCGCUGCUGCGGGCCAACAGCGACACCAGCAUGGCCCUACCCGACUGGAUGGUGUUCUCCGCCCCAGGGGCCUCAUCCUCUGGGGCCUCUGGCCCUACCUCAGGGUCCCAGGGCCAGUCGCAGCCCUCGGCCCCCACCUCCAAAUUAAGCAGUGGGACCCUCCGAAGUGCCAGCAGCCCCCGGGGUGCCCGGGCCCGCUCCCCAUCCCGAGGAAGGCACCCAGAGGAGGCCAAGAGGCAGCCCCGAGGACGGCCCAGCUCCAGUGGGACGCCCCGGGAAGGGCCAGCUGGGGGCACAGGAGGCUCUGGGGGCCCCGGGGGCUCCCUGGGCAGCCGAGGAAGGCGGAGGAAGCUCUAUUCAGCAGUACCUGGACGCUCCUUCAUGGCUGUGAAAUCAUACCAGGCCCAAGCUGAGGGGGAGAUCUCCCUGAGCAAGGGGGAGAAGAUCAAAGUCCUUAGCAUCGGGGAAGGAGGCUUCUGGGAAGGCCAGGUCAAAGGUCGCAUCGGCUGGUUCCCCUCUGACUGCCUGGAAGAGGUGGCGAACCGCUCUCAGGAGGGAAAGCAAGAAAGCCGCAGUGACAAGGCAAAGAGGCUCUUCCGGCAUUAUACCGUGGGCUCCUACGACAGCUUUGAUGCCCCAAGCUUAAUGGAUGGGAUUGGCCCAGGGAGUGAUUACAUCAUUAAGGAGAAGACAGUCUUGCUGCAGAAGAAGGACAGUGAGGGGUUUGGGUUCGUGCUUCGGGGGGCCAAGGCGCAGACCCCCAUCGAGGAGUUCACCCCCACCCCAGCCUUCCCGGCACUGCAGUACCUGGAGUCAGUGGAUGAGGGUGGUGUGGCAUGGCGAGCUGGACUGCGAAUGGGAGACUUCCUCAUCGAGGUGAAUGGGCAGAAUGUGGUGAAGGUGGGCCACCGACAGGUGGUGAACAUGAUACGCCAAGGGGGCAACACGCUGAUGGUCAAGGUGGUGAUGGUCACCAGGCAUCCGGACAUGGAUGAGGCAGUUCAUAAGAAAGCACCCCAGCAGGCUAAGCGACUCCCACCCCCAACUAUCUCCCUGCGGUCCAAGUCUAUGACCUCGGAGCUGGAGGAGAUGGAGUACGAGCAGCAGCCUGCGCCGGUACCCAGCAUGGAGAAAAAGCGGACCGUGUAUCAGAUGGCUCUCAACAAACUGGAUGAAAUCUUGGCCGCAGCUCAACAGACCAUCAGUGCAAGUGAGAGUCCUGGGCCUGGUGGCCUCGCGUCCCUGGGCAAACACCGACCCAAAGGCUUCUUUGCCACUGAGUCGAGCUUUGAUCCCCACCACCGCUCCCAGCCAAGUUAUGAGCGUCCUUCUUUCCUGCCUCCUGGACCUGGGCUUAUGCUCCGGCAAAAAUCUAUUGGGGCAGCAGAAGAUGACAGACCCUACCUAGCACCCCCAGCCAUGAAGUUCAGCCGCAGCCUGUCUGUGCCUGGCUCUGAGGACAUACCCCCGCCACCUACCACAUCCCCACCGGAGCCACCCUACAGCACACCUCCAGCUCCCUCCUCCUCAGGCCGCCUCACCCCCUCCCCUAGAGGAGGCCCCUUCAACCCCAGCUCAGGUGGCCCCCUUCCCGCCUCCUCCCCCUCAUCUUUUGAUGGGCCCUCCCCUCCAGACACCCGGGACACCCGUAUGGGGAGCCGUGAGAAAAGCCUGUACCACAGCGGCCCCCUACCCCCUGCCCACCACCACCCGCCCCACCACCACCACCACCACGCUCCGCCCCCUCAGCCCCACCACCACCACGCCCACCCUCCUCAUCCCCCAGAGAUGGAGACCGGCGGCUCUCCGGACGACCCCCCACCCCGAUUGGCUCUGGGAGCCCAACCUAGCCUUAGAGGCUGGCGGGGCGGCGGGCCCAGCCCGACCUCUGGAAUCCCGUCCCCAUCUCAUCACGGCAGCGGGGGCGCGGGCGGCGGUUCCUCCCAGGCCCCGGCUCUGCGCUACUUCCAGCUGCCCCCGCGGGCGGCCAGUGCGGCCAUGUAUGUACCAGCCCGCUCGGGCCGCGGCCGCAAGGGCCCGCUGGUCAAGCAGACCAAAGUCGAAGGCGAGCCCCAGAAGGGCGGUGGCCUCCCGCCCGCGCCCUCGCCCACGUCCCCGGCCUCCCCGCAGCCACCGCCCGCCGCGGCCCCGCCCUCGGAGAAGAACUCCAUCCCCAUCCCCACCAUCAUCAUCAAGGCUCCAUCCACCAGUAGCAGUGGCCGAAGUAGCCAGGGCAGCAGCACCGAGGCGGAGCCCCCCAGCCAGCCUGAAACCGCAGGCGGCGGCGGCUCUUCGCCCAGCCCGGCCCCGGCCAUGUCCCCGGUGCCACCGUCCCCCUCGCCCGUGCCCACCCCCGCCUCGCCCAGCGGGCCAGCCACUCUCGAUUUCACCAGCCAGUUCGGAGCAGCCCUGGUAGGGGCGACUCGGAGAGAAGGGGGCUGGCAGAACGAAGCUCGCCGGCGGUCCACACUCUUCCUCUCCACUGACGCAGGGGAAGAGGAUGGAGCCGACGGCGGGCUGGGCGCAGGGGCAGCCCCGGGCCCCCGGCUACGCCACUCCAAAUCCAUCGAUGAGGGCAUGUUCUCCGCCGAGCCCUAUCUCCGGCUCGAGUCUGCAGGCGCGGGCAGUGGCGCGGGCUACGGCGGCUACGGAGCGGGCAGCCGAGCCUACGGGGGCAGCGGGGGCAGCAGCGCCUUCACCAGCUUUCUGCCCCCGCGACCCCUGAUCCACCCGCUGACCGGCAAGGCCCUGGAUCCAGCCUCCCCGCUGGGGCUGGCCCUGGCCGCCCGAGAGCGGGCGCUGAAGGAGUCCUCGGAGGGCGGUGGGGUACCCCAGCCCCCUCCAAGGCCCCCAUCGCCCCGCUACGAGAUCCCGCCGCCCACCCCGCACCACCACUCGCCCCACGCCCACCAUGAGCCAGUGCUGCGUCUCUGGGGGGCCUCCCCGCCGGACCCCGCCCGCCGCGAGCUGGGGUACCGGGCAGGGCUAAGCAGCCAGGAGAAGUCCCUGCCGGCCAGCCCACCAGCUGCCCGCCGCUCCUUGCUGCACCGCUUGCCCCCGACAGCUCCCGGGGUUGGGCCCCUCCUGCUGCAGCUGGGGUCGGAGCCCCCGGCCCCGCACCCCGGAGUGAGCAAGGCCUGGAGGUCUGGAGCCCCUGAAGAGCCAGAGAGGCUGCCCCUGCACGUGCGGUUUCUCGAGAACUGCCAGCCCCGAGCCCCAGCGGCGACCGGCAGGGGGCCCCCCUCCGAGGACGGGCCGGCUGUCCCGCCGCCCAGCCCGCGGCGAUCAGUGCCCCCGUCUCCGACCUCCCCAAGGGGCAGCGAAGAGAAUGGGCUUCCCCUGCUAGUCCUGCCGCCUCCCGCCCCCUCGGUGGACGUGGAAGAUGGCGAAUUCCUCUUUGUGGAACCGCUGCCUCCUCCCUUGGAGUUCUCCAACAGCUUCGAAAAGCCUGAGUCGCCACUCACGCCUGGGCCUCCCCACCCGCUGCCCGAUCCCCCCACUGCGGCCACCCCUCUCCCCCCUGCGCCACCUCCAGCUGUGGCCACCGCUCCUCCUACCCUGGACUCAACCGCAUCCAGCCUGACAUCCUAUGACAGUGAAGUGGCCACGCUGACACAGGGGUCCCCUGCAGCUCCUGGAGACCCUCCUCCGCCAGGCCCGCCAGCCCCCGCAGCACCGCUGCCUCCUCCCCCUGCCGCACAGCCUGGCCCAGACCCUCCACCUGGCACAGACUCUGGUAUUGAGGAGGUGGACAGUCGGAGCAGCAGCGACCACCCCCUGGAGACCAUCAGCAGCGCAUCCACGCUAAGCAGCCUGUCUGCUGAAGGUGGUGGCAGUGCAGGGGGCGGCGGUGGCGGUGGAGCUGGUGUGGCAAGUGGGCCAGAGCUUCUGGACACCUAUGUGGCUUACCUGGAUGGUCAGGCCUUUGGGGGGAGCAGUACUCCUGGUCCACCGUACCCACCACAGCUCAUGACUCCCUCUAAGCUCCGGGGCCGGGCACUGGGAGCCAGCGGAGGCCUGCGGCCUGGCCCCAGUGGGGGACUCCGAGACCCUGUCACCCCCACUAGCCCCACUGUCUCGGUGACAGGGGCUGGAACCGAUGGGCUACUGGCCUUGAGUGCUUGUACAGGACCCUCCACAGCAGGAGUAUCUGGGGGUCCAGUGGCUGUAGAGCCAGAAGUCCCACCAGUGCCCUUGCCCACGGCCUCCUCCCUGCCUCGGAAGUUGCUGCCCUGGGAAGAGGGCCCUGGUCCCCCGCCACCACCCCUGCCCGGGCCCCUGGCCCAACCUCAGGCCUCAGCCUUGGCCACAGUAAAAGCCAGCAUCAUCAGUGAACUAAGCUCCAAGCUUCAGCAGUUUGGGGGCUCCUCAGCAGCUGGCGGCCCUCUGCCCUGGGCCAGAGGAGGCAGUGGGGGAAGCGGGGACAGCCACCAUGGGGGAUCCAGCUAUGUCCCUGAGAGGACCUCCUCCCUGCAGCGGCAGAGACUCUCUGAAGACUCCCAGUCCUCACUCCUCUCCAAACCUGUCAGCAGCCUGUUUCAGAACUGGUCCAAACCACCUCUGCCACCGCUCCCCACUGGAACUGGGGUCACCCCUUCAGCCGCUGCGGCCCCAGGGGCCACCUCACCCUCAGCCUCCUCUUCCUCCACGUCUGCCCGCCAUCUCCAGGGUGUAGAGUUCGAGAUGCGGCCCCCUCUGCUCCGCCGGGCCCCCAGCCCCUCGCUGCUGCCAACCUCGGAGCACAAGGUCAGCCCUGCACCCAGGCCCUCAUCCCUGCCCAUCCUGCCUUCUGGACCCCUCUAUCCAGGCCUCUUUGACAUCCGCAGCUCCCCCACUGGAGGAGCAGGAGGCUCGGCAGACCCAUUCGCCCCUGUCUUUGUGCCACCACACCCAGGGAUAUCUGGGGGACUUGGAGGAGCCUUGUCAGGGGCCUCUCGCUCCCUCUCACCAACCCGCCUGCUUUCGCUGCCCCCGGACAAGCCUUUUGGCGCGAAACCUCUGGGGUUCUGGACCAAGUUUGAUGUGGCUGAUUGGCUUGAGUGGCUGGGUUUGGCUGAGCACCGAGCCCAGUUCCUGGACCACGAGAUUGAUGGCUCCCACCUGCCCGCCUUGACCAAGGAGGACUAUGUGGAUCUGGGUGUGACCAGGGUGGGCCACCGCAUGAACAUUGACCGAGCUCUCAAAUUUUUCCUGGAGAGGUGAUGGCUGGCCUGGACGGACCAGCCCGUCCAUAGAACCCUUGAGCCUGCUGGCCUCCUGACCUCUGACCCCUGACUGUCAUUCCCUCCCUGGGCCAGGGACUCUGCUCUAACUGUGCCCUGUCCUUAUCUCCCAAGGCUGGAGGUCACCAGGUGACCUGAUCCAGGCUGGACAUUUGCACCUCACAGGAGGGGGCAGCUGACAAGAGACUGUGUGUAUGAAAAGGGGAGCAAAGGGGUGAAUAGAAGAAAUUACAGAGGGGGGUUGAGAGGAGGGAAGGGCCCAUUCUGGGGGGAGGGGACAGACAGAGCCAUAGAGGGUCAGCCCUGAGCCUAAUUGGAUGGGGUCCAUCCCCCAGGCCACAGGGGAAGGGGGUGCCCUCAGAUUCCACCACCUGCUGCCCCUCUAACAACCCUUCCCCCCUUCUCCAGGCCCCUCAGCUCUCCCCACUUCCCUUCUCCCAGCACACACAGCUGCCCCUCAGCCUCUUGCACGCUUGCUCUGUUGCACGCCUGCUCGCCUCUCUCUUCGCCCUUCCUCUCCCCAGGCUGCAAUUUUGCACAGAUUUGCCCUCUGUCUUGCACAUUCUGCCUUUGCUUCCAGCUUGUGAGUCCCUCCCAGCCCUCAAACAAACUCUGUUCUCGUUGCACACGCUGCAUUUCUUUUGUCUCCUGCUCUCUUGCUUACAUGUUUCUCCUGUGACCAUCCCUUACACACUUCAUGCCAUAAAAUCUCCAGACUCCUCCCCCUCCGCUCACUCUGAACCCUUGCUGCAGACACACUUGGGACACCUUUUCCCUCUGCCAUUCACCAACCCUGCAUAUGUAUUUAUUCUCUGGAGUACCCUUCUCUUUGUUCAACCCUUGCACACUAUUUUGUGCACUCCUCCUGGCACACUCUUACCUCCAAGUUCUUAAGUUGAAGCACUUUUCCUUCUUAUUCUUGAGCCCUAAAUUCUUACUCUGUCCACCUCUCCCUCUUACAAUGACAUUCCUACCCCCAGCUUCCUCUCUUGCACUGUCACUUUUUGUCACACUUUUGCACAUUUGCCUUCCAGGAACUGUGUUUUUCUCACAAAUACUCAUUCCUCCCUUUGCCAGCCUCCCACUCCCCUGCACCCUUCUCUUUCAGAUCUUUGCCUAUCUCUAGUCUUGAUUUCAUGAGCCCUCUCUUGCACACUUACUUUUGUACACACACCUUCCCCAGCAUUGUCAGUGCUCCCUGGAAGCCUUUUUCCUCCCCAAUAAUGUCCUUGCACACCGUGACUUCGCUGCACAUGCCUUCUUGUCUUUUCUAGCUGGAUGAGAACUUACCACCUCUUUGCUUUUGCACACUGAUCUCCUUCCACAUGCUCUUCGGCUGUAACUGGUUUCUUUUUCUGACACACUUAUCUUUUGUUCCUGCCAAGGAGCAACUCUUGCAGCCAUUCUCACUCUUUACUUACUCUUUUACCUCCUUAUGCCCUUUUCUCUUCCUGGUGAGAAGACCCUAUGCACACUCAAUUCCUGCUCACCAUGCUCCACACUGCCUUCUCUCCCUGCCUCUAGCCCUCAUUCUCCCUCACAUCCUCCCUCCUCUCUUUCUUCCUUGUCCUUCCUGGGCCAUCUGUCCAUCUCCUUUGCACGAAGACCCCCCUCUUCUAACCUUUCCUUCUGUCUAAGAAACUCCUCCCUCUGGCAUGGCUGUUCCUUCCCGCACGCUUCUCUUCUCCCCUUAUUCCUGGGGCUUGGGAAUUUUAAACCACCCCUCCCUCUAACAAGCCCCCUCCCCUGCUGUGGGUAAAGGGGGAAGGGCAUUGCCCUCAGGUCCCCCCAUGUUCAGCUGCCAAAGAAGGGAGCUCCCCUUCCUUCCCCCAAGCCCAUUCCCUCUCUGCUGCCCCUACCCCCUGGGGGGGGCGCUCCGUCCAUGAGGGGAGGGGGUGAGGCCCCUCCCCUCACCAUGUCAGGGAUCUGCGGGGAACCUCGUGGGAGGGUUGUGGGAGGGGGGAGGGAUAGUGAGAAAAGGGGCAGAGGUCGUGUUGGACCCCUACCCGCCCCCUCCCCCUUGUCGGAUGCCCCCAGUCCGCAGGGGGCCUGCGCGGUGCCUGUCUAUCAAGGGCUUGUUCAUUCUGGAUGGGUGCUGCGGGGUUGGGAAGGGUGUAGGGGGUGGGGAGGAGGGAGGAGAGGUUGGGGUGGGGAGUGGGAAGGGAUCAGAUUGGGGGGGGCGGCGUGGGUUGGAGAGGAGAGACAAAGCAAAAAGAAACAAUAACAAAAGAAGAAAAUACAAAAACAAAACACCAAAACCCCUAGAACACACAACAAAACCCAGAAAAAAAACCUGAAAUAAAAGCUCGAGAAUUGUCUUCCAAGGGGGGUGGGAGGAGGAAGAGGAGGGGGGCGGAUGAGGAUGUCUGGUUCUCCUUGAUACAGGGCUCCGCAAAGCGUUGAAAGCCUCGGUGCCCAAGUCUUCCCUUUCGUGGGCCUCAGUUCAUUCUUCAAGGAACUGGGACACAGGCGUCCACUUGCAGGGACUGAAGGAAGAUUAGGGAGGCGGGAUUACAAUAUGGGGGUUCAUUCCUACCCCCCAGCACCUCCCUCCCCCUGACUCCCCACCAAGAUUUUGCAGAGAGAAAUGGCUUUUGUACCAGGUCAUUCUUUAUAAUUAAACUCACAGUAUCCACCCCCUCGAGCCGGCCCCGCCUCCUUCCUGGGGAGGCAACGCCCACUUCUCUUCCGGGCUCUGGGUAGAUGCCCGAACCUGCUGAGCAGUGCGCAAGCGCAGCCGGGGCCCGCCCCCAUGGGUUAGGCCUCUUGGGUUGGCUCCGCCCCCAGGGCCUCGAGCAUGCGCCGCCGGACCAGGGAGCGGCGCAGAUGAAGGCGGUAAUCGCCCAGCAGCAAUUCGUCGUGGCGCACCAGCUGGUGCGGAAGCCCUCGGGGACUGAGACCCGAGCGCAGCAGACGGGAGCGAGUCUGGAAAUCCGCUACCAUGAUGAGCCACCUGCAAAUGUGCGGGGCGGAGACGAAAGGGGAACUCCUUGAUGGUCUUAGCCAGCCUUUGAUUGUCAAAGAGUCCCUACCUGGGCCUUGUUCUUUACCUCCAGUUCAACAGCCCCUAAACUCCAGCCCGACCCUCUCACCGAGGUCAACCCGAACCCUGUGCCCUCACCUGAGUCAUUCUAGGCUCCGUCUUCUCAAUCUGGUUCUCCCUCCUAAUCACCAUCCGUCGAGGCUUCAUCUCAAACCACCGCUCUUGGGCCCACACUCACCUGGCCACUUCAGGCCACUCUCCUACCUAGGCUUCUCGCGACCUAUCGCAUCUGGUUACCCUUGCGCUUACUAUGUGCUCAGUCCACUCUGCCCUCUCAGAGUUGCCUUUCCAGGUUCAAACUCCUCACGUCGGACUUGUCUAUCCCCGUCACUACCUGGGUCGCUCAAAGUCCGGGUACCCAUUCAAUCUAGAUGCUGCCCUCUCUCUGAUCUUAUCCACCCCUGCCCCUCACUGGGAUCACUCUUGGCCCCGCAGAUUCACCACCGCAUCACCCUUCAGCGUCCUUACAGCCAACUUUUUCUUACCUGAUCAUCCCAGGCCCCUCCCCUCGCCGCGCUCACCACCGCUUAGCCCCUCCCAGUCGCCCUGGCCCCGCCCCUCGCCGCGCUCCCCCUCAGCCCGGCCGGUCCCAGUCACUCCAGGCCCCGCCCCCGCCGCAGGCUCACCUGUCCCGGCGACCUGCAGUCCCACAGAUGACGUUCAUGUUCUCAAAGCGGAUGCUGCUCACAAACCCGCUCUCCAUGGCCCCGGGUAACUCAACCUCCAGCGCCUUCAGCACCUCCAAGUGGGUAAAAUCCUCCUCGGGCUAGAGGUGUUGAAGAGAGAACUUAAGCCCAUGAGGCCCUGGUUCCUUCUGGCUUCAGAAGUCUAGACCCUAGACCCCACCUACAGAACUUUCCAGAUUCACAGGUGGCAUUUGCAGGGUAGGGAUCCCACCUGAUCCCAGGGUUCCUUUGCUCUCGUUAAAGAGGGACGACAGGUAUCUCUCAGGUGGAAAAGAAUCUACGUCAUUCCAGGUCAUUCUCCCAAAAAAUCAGCUUUUUUUUUUUUUUUUUUGAGAUAGAGUGUCACUUUUUUGCCCCCUGGUAGAGCGCUGUGGCAUCAUAACUCACAGCAACCUCAAACUCUUGGGCUUAAGGGAUACUCUUGCCUCAGCCUCCCAAGUAGCUGGGACAACAGGCGCCUGCCACCAAUGCCCGGCUAUUUUUUAGAGAUGGUGUCUCCCUCUUGCUUAGGCUGGUCUCCAACUCCCAAGCUCAAGCCAUCCACCGGCCUCGGCCUCCCAGAGUGCUAGGAUUACAGGCGUGAGCCACCACCCCUGGCCAAAAAUUGACUUUCACCAAGCUAGUUUGCCGAAAGUCAAUGAACAGUUGGCUGAAUGAUUCACCAAUUUGGCCAACUUUACCAACCUACCAAAAACUUUCCCAGCCACUUGUAGUACGUGGUGCUAAAAGCUCUUGAAGCUUUCUGCCAGGAUUUAAGUUGUACACUUUCCCUUUUAUAUUGAUAUAAGCGUUUUAAAGAAUGUUCAUAUGCCAAAAGAUAAAGAUCAUGGGGGGUGAUUUCUUGUCAAUCUAUUUACCAUUCAGAAAUAUGUAGUGAUUGCUAACCACAGUUUCAGCACAAGGUUACCAUGUGGAAGGUGAUACACAGUUGUCAUAGCAUAUAAAAUUGCUGAGGAACUAAAAUGAAAUGACAUUGGUCACCUCCAGAAAGGCUCACCUCUGGUGGAGUAAGGGGGAAGGCUGGAGAGUCGUUUUCUCAAAGCUACAAAGAAGGGUUUUGCGUAGGGAUUGAUCCUGAAGAAUGAGGACAGUGAUCCCCCCACACACACACACUCAUGUGGAGGUCACACAGGUAAGCUGAGAGGGCUGCUGGAAGAGGUGCAUCCAUUAACA